AUGGCCGCCGAAGAUCCUGUUGCCAAAUACACAAACCUCAAAAACCCAAACAACCCAUAUAGACUUGAAACCACGGACAAUCCUGGUACUGUGCUCGUCACAGAACUUCUUACAGCUGAAAAUUUCCCCACUUGGUCUCGUUCGAUUCAUCGAGCUCUUAGAGCCAAAAAUAAGCUUGAAUUUCUAAAUGGAACCCUUACUAAACCAUCCACACCCAAAGACCCCCUUUUUGAACACUGGGAAAGAUGUAAUGAUAUGGUUGUAUCUUGGCUGCAAAAUUCAAUCAACAUUCCCCUUCGUUCCUCUGUUGCGUUUGUUGAUAAUGCUCACGAGAUUUGGACCAAAUUGGAAGAACGCUUCUCACCACAAAAUGGGCCAUGCAUCUAUGAACUCAAGAAGAGAUUGGCAAACCUUACGCAGGAUGAUGACUCUGUGAAUGCCUAUUACGGUAAACUUAAAUCUAUUUGGGAUGAAUUAAAUGUUUAUGACCCCUUACUUGUUUGUUCUUGUGGCUCAUCUAAGCUGGUUUCAGCUCGAUAUCAACGUGACUGCGUCAUAUAA